AUGGUGCACCUCGAGCUCGAGCUCUCUAUUGUCGUUUUGGCGUUGAACCCCUGCACUGUUUCGAUGGCUACCUCAGUCCCAGUAAUAGUCCCUCCUCUGAAUCUUCCAUGCAAGCAACCUCUUCCUAGGAAUCACUAUCGCCCGGUCAAUGAGAGACUUAUCCACGAAGCAUACGAUCAGUGUCUGCAAAACGAACUGGAGGCGGGGAACAACGAGAGGUUUCUCAUGUGGGCUCGCUGUUUAGGACAUCUCAUUCGCGAAGCUCCCGACACCGCUGCGAGGACUGGUGUUGCUGAGGAGAUCAAUCGGUGUAAUGGCAGCCGUGCUCAGAUGGACUUGUUGGCAGAGUUCUACGUCAAUCACUUGAUUCGCCUCUUCCGGCAGGACAAAGUGCGCACGCCGACGCGAUCGACACAUUCCUCUCGCAGCAGUUCAUCUGAUGAACAAUGA